CUAGCCAACCCCGCCAGUGUUUAUUGUGAAAAAUUGGGAGGUAAACUUGUUAUACAAAAUACAGAAAACGGUCAAAUAGGACUGUGUCACUUACCUGACGGACGCAUUAUAGAAGAAUGGGAACUUUUUCGAGCGGAUAAUAAAGAAGAACAGGAGUGA